AUGGCCGGCCACCGCCACCAAUCAUCCCUGGAAGGGGUGAUCAACUUCUCUGCCCUUGAUUCUUUAUCGGCGGAGGUGCGGUCCCAGGCAACCUGCAGAUUUUACAGUAUCGUGGAAUACUGUCGAGCAGAGGAGCUCGCUACAGGCUCUCGCCUGACGUACAGUCAUGCGCUGCUCAUUCGCUGUACCUACGAGUAUUCCCGGUCUGAGGCUUCGAAGGAUAGAUUCCUCCGCGCAUUCUUUGAAUCAAUGAGAAUGGAUAUAGCUAUAGGGAAGGACCCAGACUUCACCAGCCAGGGGAACCAGUUGCGCGAGAAUUUAACUGCUUUUGCGGAAUUUUUGCUUGACAACUUCUUCAUACCCCUUAAGGUGCCUGGGCGGCGUACACCCCAGCCAUCUCCUGCACACCUGUCGGUGUUUGAACGGAUUCAAGGGGCACACGAGUAUAUUCCGACACCAGAGCGUAUAUCCGCUCUCCGUCGUGCCUGUCUAGUCCGUGACCAUCAUCGAUGUGUAAUCUCGCGUCGUUUUGACCGGAAAGAAGCCGUAUCUCGCCUAGAGCGGCUUGGAGAUGACGCUAAAGACGAUGAUGGAAAUCAACUUCUCGGAGAGGAAUUCGACGUUCUUGAGGUAGCCCACAUAAUCCCCCACUCUCUCACACAGUCUGACGCCAAUGGGGAACUGAGCGACUCGAAGAAAGCUGCAUUGGCGAUCUUAAGCAUGCUCGACUGUGAUGUUUCACAUCUUAUUGAUGGCGUUAAUAUCGACAGGCCAUUCAACGCUAUGAGCCUCACCCCCAAUUACCAUGAUGCCUUUGGAAGCUUUAAAGUUGAGUCGUUUCUCCAUCCUGCAGUCCUAAGCUCACUCCCGGUUACUCGUGAAUUAUACGUAAUCGAAGAUCGAUCAAUUGACCCUCCGUUACCCCGUCUUCUCGCAUUACAUAGGGCUAUCGCCCAAAUUCUUAAAAUGUCUGCGGCUGGCGAAUACAUCGAUAAGAUUCUCCGUGACAUGGAAGAUCCAGGGACAAGCUCUGGUGGGUCUACAGAGCUUGGGCGGAUCGUCACCCUUAGAAUGGGUGGCUGGCUUGAUGGUGCAGUUAGUGUGCCUGUUGUCUAA